AUGUCUGACGUCGAAAAUACACCUGAUGCUGGUUCAGGGGAAGUUAAAGAAGAAAAGAAAAUUGCUCAUAUUAAUUUAAAAGUUUCUGAUGGUUCAAAUGAAAUUUUCUUUAAAAUUAAACGUAGUACUAAAUUUGAUAAAUUAAUGGAAGCUUUUUGUAAAAGACAAGGUAUUAAUCCAAGUCUUAAACGUUUUUUGAUUGAUGGACAAAGAGUUGAUCCAAAACAAACACCAGAUGAUUUGGAUUUAGAAGAUGGUGAUACUAUUGAAGUUCAUAAUGCACAAUUGGGUGGUUGUUAG